AUGGACUACUACCAACAGAACUGGGAUCAUAAACUGGAUAAUUCCACGUAUGAAGGUUUGUGUAUGGCCAUCCCAAAAAUUAUAAAGGCAACUAUAACGGGAGAGCUACCCCAACAAGCCCUCCCGAAGGAUGUUUCCACCGUGGACGUGCUGUCGCAUAUCACCGUGGCGAUGGGGAAGGUCUUUAUCGCGUUCGUUUUGACGAUGGUAACCCAGAUUCAGAUGAACAUUUCAUGUUCAGAAGCCACCAUUCCCAUUCGUCCUAGAAUUGAUGUCUUUCGCCUGAAGAACGUGACCGUAGAUAUCGGAAAGAAAGUCCUCAAGUUCAUUUGCGAAGUAUAUCAUACAAAUUUUACUUUGGAGCCAGGAGAACGCAAUUGUAAGGUGUUGAACGAGGCAGAUGAAAUAUAUGGGUCAUGGACAUACGUCGGCUGGGUGUUCGGGGUGCUUGUGACGCUAGCUAUACUAACAUGUAUGUGGUUCUACCAUAAAAAGAAAUGGAACCCUUGUAGAAAUCUACGAAUGAUUUCGAUUUCCAUUGUCAAUAAAAAGGGGGAACGGAAUAAUUCCUUGGUGCUCAAUAACUACUACAACCUUCCAGAGUAUACGAACAACGCCGUCACUGAAUUGGAACGACUGGAUAACAACAUACAGAAAGGUGAACUCAAAACUCCAACCGGAAAAUUCGUCAUCGCCAUGAGGCCCCUCAAAGAAAACGCGAAUUCCAAAACCCAAAGCGAUUUCUACCAACAAAUGCAGGUGAAUUCCGCCUUGAAACAUCCCUACGUUAUUUCACUGCUGGGGGUCGUGGUGGAGCAGCCGUUGUCUAUGUUGUUCGAAUUUACGUCACAGGGCAACCUUCACGAAUUCCUCAUCGCGAAUUCACCCAGCAAGGGUAAAAGUUUGACGCUGAACCAAUUUCUGGACCUAGGAAGCCAAAUCAGUCAAGGCAUGCAGUACUUAUGUGACAACCAUUACAUAUACACGGAUCUAGCUGCUAGGAAUUGUUGGGUUUUCGGCGAUUUGGUGGUAAAGAUUGGCACUUUCGAGCUCGAGAGGGACCAGUAUCGUGGCGAUUAUUACGAUUCCGGAGUAUCGCUUCUUCCGGUGCGCUGGUUGCCGUCCGAGUGCAUCACCUCCGGCAAGUUCACCUGCGAGACCAACGUGUGGUCGUUCGGCGUCACCCUCUGGGAGAUCUUCAGCUACGGCAAGCAGCCCCAUCAUGGGUAUGACGACCAGGAGGCCAUCGCCAGGAUCCACUCGCACAAGCUGCUGCCGUGUCCAGACACUUCCCCCGACUAUUGUUACGGUCUCAUGGUUGAGUGCUGGGCGGGACAGCCCAAGCGACGCCCCGAUUUCGCCGAGAUCUGCCAGCGUCUGCAAAUGUGGAAGCAGAGCAAAACGUCCUAAGUCGAGAUCGAAACGUCACGUCCAAGACCAUUUCGAUUAAUAUAUCGAAUUUCCAUUACGUAGUUUUAUUGUAGGGGUUAAUCUAAAUCGAAUUUUUGUACAGCGCAACAUGUGUUCAUUCUUCGUUACCGUAACAUGUUCAUGUGUAUGUGUGUGUGUAUUUAUAAAAUGGUUGUGCCAUACUUAUAAUAAUAGUUAUUUACAUUCCAAGCGCCGAAAGUAUCGAGUAGCAUAACGAGCGAGUAGUGCUACUCGGCUUUGGCGUGAGUAAUUUACAUAAUUUUUUGUACCGUUUUCCUACAAUUAAAUUUUUUAAAAAUAAUAA